ACACUGUUCUCCUCCUCUACGCACAACGCUGCGUUUUGCUAAAUAAUUAAUUAACUGCUGAAAAAAUGAAAUAGCUGGCGGAAACAUGCAUCUAAUUAAGUGCAACAGCAGCCGUGCGCAGUUAUCCGUUUUCGGGCGUUUGUGAAAACACGUUGAGCGUUCGCGCCUGGAGUGUGUGGCUAAAAAAGGCGAUGUAGUUAUGGUUUAGCAAAAACAACAACGCUAAAGCCCAAAAGUGCUAAUAAAAAGUACACCGAGCAAAGGUGAAAAUUAUAAAUUAAUAAAUGCGCGAUGCGAUCCGAUAGCAUAUCAAAUUAGCGAAAUAUGCUCUAUUGUCGAACUGAUCGGAUCAAAACUGUGAAUUGCAACAGAAAAUAAUUUCAAGGUUUGCAGCAGGCGAAUAGAAGGCGAAAAGGAAACGCAACCAAAUAACCACAAAGAAGCCGUAACCCUUAUAAUACCAUACAUUAUAAUAGACACUAUCCCCAAAUCAAGAAGCAAACUAACAAAGACAUGAAGUACGCAACUGGAACUGACAACGCGAUGUCCUCCGGCAUCAGCGGCAACUCCAAUAACUCUAACAGUGCACCCAAUGAGAUGCAGCCCACCACCACAUCCACCCCUACUGCAGUCCACAAGGAGGCCUCAUCCACAGCCACGACAACGGCGGCACACGCCAAUGGAAAUUCCAAUCCAAAUACAAAUCCCAACCAGAGCCAGCCGCCCAACGCGCUGUUCUGUGAGCAGGUGACCACAGUGACAAAUCUCUUCGAGAAGUGGAACGACUGCGAGCGGACCGUCGUGAUGUACGCGUUGCUCAAACGGUUGCGUUACCCAAGCCUCAAGUUUCUCCAGUAUUCGAUCGACAGCAACCUGACCCAGAACCUGGGCACCUCGCAGACGAAUCUGAGCAGCGUGGUGAUUGAUAUCAACGCCAACAAUCCGGUGUACCUGCAGAACCUGCUGAACGCCUACAAGACAUUUCAGCCAUGCGACGUGCUCGACGCCAUGUCCUCCUCCUCUUCGGACAAGGACUCGAUGCCGUGCUACGGCAGUGAUUUCCAGAUCACCACAUCGGCGCAGUGUGACGAGCGAAAGCUGUACGCCCGCAAGGAGGACAUUCUGCACGAGGUACUCAACAUGUUGCCAUUGCUUAAGCCGGGCAACGAGGAGGCCAAGCUCAUCUACCUGACCCUGAUCCCUGUGGCCGUUAAGGACACCAUGCAGCAGAUUGUGCCCACGGAGCUAGUGCAGCAGAUCUUUUCGUACCUGCUCAUCCAUCCAGCUAUCACCAGCGAGGACAGACGGUCGCUUAACAUUUGGUUGCGUCACCUGGAGGAUCAUAUCCAAGCGGCGGCGGCGGGCCUGACUAAUCGCAGUUACUUCCUGCAGCCCUCCCCGCAACUUGUCGCUGGUGGCAGCUCCACAGGCAGUGGUAGUUGCUCGUCCUCGGCGGCCAGUUCCUCGACGGCCUCCUGCUCGUCGGUGGCCUCUUCCUCGCUGUGCCCCGCAAGCGGCAGCCGCUCCUCGCGCACCAACGACUGGCAAACCAUCGCUCCGCCCAGUAAACAGCUGCAGCACAAGUUGGCCGGUGAUUGGCGGGGCAGCGGAGGCGGCAGCUCCAGCGGCUCGAUCAAUCCACUCUGUGAUAAUCUUAAUGGUAUUACCCUGAACGAAUUAGCUUCUAGUCAGAAUAGCCUCGGACUGUCGCUGGAGGGCAGCUCUUCGUUGGUCAAUGGUGUGGUCGCCGGAGCGGGCUCAAUGCUGGGAAUCGGUGGUGGCGACGACCAUGACACGUCAUUCAGCAAGAAUGGCACGGAAAUACUCGACUUUGACCCUGUAACGGCGGACAUGGGGGAGGCCUGCAGCCUGGCCAGCAGCAGUCUUUGUGGGCGAGCCGGUGGCAAUCCGGUGGACGAUCGUUUGCAGCCUCCGCCGCAUCUCCAGCAGCAGUUGCUUCAGCCUCCCCCUUACGCAUCGAUCCUUAUGGGAAAUGUGGGCGAUCAGUUUGGUGAAAUCAAUCGCUGGAGUCUUGACAGCAAGAUUGCCGCUCUGAAGACGCGCCGGUCCAACAGUCUAACCACGCAAACGAUCUCCAGUUGUUCCAGCUCGUCCAACUCGUCGGUGAUCACGGUUAAUGAUAACUGCUCCAAUUCCACGGAGAACCUGGCCCAGUUUGCCAACAAGCCGCGGAGUUUCUCCCUAUCCAUCGAGCAUCAGCGCGGAGCCUUGAUUAACAGUGGAUCCGAUACGCGUCUGGACGAGUUCAAGCCUAACUACGUGAAGUUCCACACCCGGAACGUUGGCAUGUCGGGAAUAGGCCUGUGGCUGAAGUCUCUGCGCCUACAUAAGUACAUCGAGCUGUUCAAGAACAUGACGUACGAGGAGAUGCUGUUGAUCACCGAGGACUUUCUGCAGAGUGUGGGUGUAACCAAGGGCGCCUCCCACAAGCUGGCCCUGUGCAUUGACAAACUAAAGGAGCGUGCCCAAAUUCUUAAUCGCGUGGAGCAGGAGUUGUUAACAGGUCAAAUGAAACUGAGUACAGCCGUCGAGGAGCUGACCAACAUUGUGUUGACGCCAAUGAAGCCUGUGGAGGCCAUUGGGCCGCCGGAGGAGAACAUUGGACUGCGCUUCCUCAAAGUCAUCGAUAUUGUUAGCAACACAUUGCAGCAAGAUCCGUAUGCUGCGCAGGACGAUGAGACGCUGGGAGUGUUUAUGUGGAUUUUGGACCGCUCCAUUCAUAACGAGGCAUUCAUGAAUCAUGCCAAUCAACUAAAGGACCUGAAGUUCAAGCUGUCCAAAAUGAAGAUCUCCAUGGUGCCGAAAAUGCAUCACGUUAAGCCAGCCGGAGUCGGUCCAAACAAUAGCAACAUCAACAAACCGAGAUGGAAUGGCAAGACUCGCAAGUGCGACACGAAGAAUGGCAGCAACGACCGGAUUAACAACCGAAAAAAUUCCAAUGAUAUGCUAAAUUUCUCGCUGAACUGUCUGCAGCAUCCGUUGCCUCACCAUUCCCAGCAGGCACCGCCUCCGUUGCCGCAGUUUGACUACAACGGCUACGGCGGAGGUCCGUCUCAUCAACCGCAGUACAAGAGCUCCUCGUAUCCUAGCUUCAUGGGUAAUCCUCAACAGCAGCCACCACCACCGCCGCCGCCCAACAAGUCGCACCAUCAUGCCCAGCAGAUGCAACAAAUGCUGCAGCAGCACAACCAUUUUCCGGCGUUGCCGCAGCAAACGACUCCCCAAUCGCACCGUCGCUCUUUGAACAAUCUCAUUCUGGUGGCCGGUGGUCCGCAGCAGCCGCAGCAAUUGAUCUUCAAGCCCGGCCAGGGUGUGCUUACCAACAAUGGAUCAAACGACAACCUUGUAAUGGAGCGCAAUCAGCAGCAGCGAAAGCAUAGCGGGAACGGAGGAGGAUGCAGUUCGGAGCAGCAACCAAAGAAGACUAUGGCCGCCGUUGUGAUGGUUAGUAACCAGAAUCAGAGUCAGGAGCCGCACGAUCAGCCACAGAUCCUGAUCAACAACAACAACAAUAAUAACAACAGCAUGCUGAACAAUAAUUUAAUUAAUCAGCAACAGCUGCAACUGUUGGCAGCAGCCGCCGCCGCAGUGAGCAGUGGCAGCUGUUUGUGCUCUAAUGGUGGUGGUGUAACUGGUGGUGCCUGUGUCCACAAUCUUUGUCACCAAAACAGCAAGAACAACAACCAUGCCGUGGAACAUUGCCUGUCCCAGCCACAGCUGGUCAGCCUGGGCAUGACGCCCCAUGUCACCGAGUACAAGAUGAACGACUUCAAGAGCCUGGAACAGCUCGAGACGUUGUGCCGCCAAAUGACUGAACAGGCAAUGAACUGAGCAAGGUUCUUCUGGGCUGCUUGAGCGAGUAGAUUGUAAAGGGGCUGCCAACAGUUUUUGUGUUCAUCUAGCUUUGUACCGUGUUUGAAGUUUGAUUUCAUAACGAACAUACAUGUUUUUAUAUUUAGCUUUGUAAGAUUCGUAUAUAUAUGUUUGUGUCGCGUCUAGUUGUCCAUUUUGCGCCCCCUUCACAACCCGUUUUGUAAUCGUUUUUAGUUAGUAAGUCGAUAGUUUGUUUUAAUGUUAAGUUUAUUAAUUGUGUGCCAAGACGCUCCUAAAGAUAUGAUCAGCUGGCGGGACUCGCAGGACCAGCGGCUGGCCGUUGGACUUGCAGAACCCACGUUGUACUCCCCGAAGGAAAUCCCCAUGUCAGCUUUCAUUGGGGGCGUGGCAUCUUGCUGUCAAUGUUAUUAAUGUCUACGUUUCGUAAAUGUUGUCGCCAUCUGUGUAGUAAAACUAACAUGCCAAGCCCUAUAAGAAAAUCACAUCGCAAACACACAAUACAGUAACUUCUCUCUAUGUAGGAAAAUUUGGCCAAAUUUGAUCAACAUUUUACGCUAUUCUAAUCCUAAUCACACCAUCGACUAUAUCACCAUCAACAACAACGUCGCCAAAUGAAAGAAAUGCCCCGCUAAACGACGACGAAAAAAGUUUAUCUAGUAAAAAUUAUAAAAUGAACUCUGCAUCGUGACCAUGAGACUGACUAAGAUUACUUUUCGCAACUAUAAAAAACUAGAAAGAAGAAUGCUGGAUAGAGAGGGAAUUGAGAAAUGAGAAAUUAGAGCUGAGAAUUGUUUGCGCGAAUCAAAACUAGGCUUGCUGAAUGAAGUAGUAGUCACAUAAUGGAUAUGUUUAUAUAUAUACACGUACACAUAAUUUAUUUUAAACUAGAAGGAACAUAUUUGCUGAACCGUUACUGCACCAGAGGAAAUCGCAACACAGCGGAAACAACCACUAGACUAAACUUUAAUUGUGAAGAGUUUCAAUGUUUCACUGUUUGUGUUGGAGAAUCGGAACCACAUAUUGUAUUUUGUAUAAGUAAGCGUAAGCCAAACACAUGUAUUGCACACCGAUCAUGAUCACCGUUGUCAUUGAUUAGCCUAUCUCUACUAUUACUAUUAUGUUUGCUUUAGUCAAUUGUUUAUCAUGUAAAUGGUAAGCCAAUCACUCGAUAUGUUAUGUUUUAGUUGUUUUUAAAAAAAUUAUAUAUAUUUAUAUAUACUAACGUAUGUCGCAUCAUAAGCUUAGGUUCAAAAACGAACGAAGACGGGCGGAGCUGAAAAGAGAAGGCAGCCAAAAAACAACUACCAUAAGAGCGUAAAAACGUGUAGUCUAAUUGUAAUUAAAAAAAAAAAACCGAACAAACGCAUGUGUAAAUUAUGCUUAGAAACGUUAUUGGUUUUCUAAUUUCUUGUCGAUAUUUCCAAAAUACUUUUGUUAACAACAACCGCAACACUGUAAAUCGCUGAUGCUUUUAUUUAUUAAUAAAAACCUAUUGUACGGCCAGUUGGGAUACAGAAUUAAUCGAAACCUAA